AUCACCGUUACUUGAGCAGCCUCGUUGUGCGGGCCACGGAGAGUGACGGCGGUGGAGGAGGUAGCGACUACGAGUCUGGAGAAGUUCGCCGAGACCCGCCAUCUUAUUCUCGUUCCGAUCGAUUCCAAGAAUCAGCUUUCAAAGUUGCUUGGUCCGAGAACUUGGAUGUUUGGGAAAGAAUGUUGGUUUGAGUGCAGGGCUGGAAUCUGGUUUUGGGGAAAUUUUUGGAUUGUGGAGAAUGUAUAUACUGUUGGGAUGCUAGCCUUGGAUAUGAAUUUUUCAUUUGAGCUUAUGGUUGCUGUGAUAACUAUAAGUAAUCACAUUUACAUGCCGAUAAAUUUGGUGUUCAAAAGCUGUAGACAGGAUUCUUUGUUUAAAAUGAAGGAAUUGACUUUGGCGUGGGUUUCAAUCAAAGUUCAGUUACUAAUUUCCAGUUCAGACAUAAAUGACAUCUGCUUUGAGAUUUUAGAGAUUUUCAUCUGACCUGAUUUUGCGAAUACACGGGAAACCUUCAUGCUUUCACUAAAUGGUUACCAAGAAGGGGGAGAUGGAACUUUGGUUAUAAUGUGCUUGUAUUUUAACUGCCAAUAGUAUUGACAUAUUUCAAGUUUGUCACACUACAACUGAAGAUAUAGGAAUGUUAUAGAGUGCAUCCAAAUUCUUUUCCUGUGGAAGCUGGCAUUGGUGUUGCUAGAUGAGGUUGUGGUUGACAUUGGAUUUUGAAAGUUGGAUUCUCUGAAUCCUUUGGUUGCUUCAAAUGUUAGCAUUUCAUGUAGUUGUUGGAAUUCUAUAAAGGUCAUCCCUGUUUAAAAUGUGCGGAGAUGGUUUCAAAUGUUCUUGUGAGGCUCAGUGAUUUGGUUGAGAUCUAUAGGAUUUGCUAUUUAUUUUUGGAUGUUUUAUUGGGGCUUAACAUGGAGUUCUACUUUCUUGGAGUUAUUCAAGUGGGUAUGGUUUUGGUAGAAUAUCAUUCAGCAUUCACUGAGCGGUUUUGUAAACUAUAUCCAGCUAUAUGGGUUAUUGAGUUUUCACCAAUACUGUGGCUGCGAUUAUUUAGAAUUUGAUUUGGAGGUUGCUGAAUGAUGAGUGGAGCAGUGGUGGGAAAGUAUUGUUCGUUAAAGUUAGUCUUUCCAUAGCUUGGUUUUCUGUUUUCUUCCCAGUUUAAAGGUGGUGCUAAGGAGUUAUGUUUGGGAUGUCAAUACUUACACAGCCCUCACCAACUAAUCUCUUGGAUCCUGAUGUGCUGCAAUGUUUGGAUGGAAAUGUCUUUCAAAUUUUUGAUGGGUGGUCACUUUGCCUUCCCAGUUGUCCAACUGAGCUUCUUCUCACAAGAUAUUGAGAUGGUUUCUUUAAGAAUUGGCUGUCAGUGGGUUAUUGAAUCAGGUGGCUAUCUCUGGUUGCUACUUUCCAUUUGGGGAUUGCUUUUUCAUAUGGACUCUCUUGUUGGCUCCCUGGUUGACAGGCACUUGCUUUUUCUGCAUGAGGUUUCCAGAUAAACUAUUGCUGGGGUCAUUUUAUUGGGCAUAGUUCCUCAAUGACUUUUUAGGCAUCUGUAUCUAUUUUUCCUUAAUAAUCUGCAAUUGGCAGAGUUGGAUGAAUCGUGGUCUUCUACCCAAUCACAAGGGGUCUGAUAUAAGUAUUGGUUGCUUCGGAUUUGUGAUUUUGGCUUUAUAUGUUUGCACGGAUAUUAGGCACUAAAAUUUCUUAAUCAUGUUCUGGUACAUCAAUAGAGGAUACAGAUCAUGAACAUAGUUUGAGCUUGUUUUAUAGUUGGGGAUUUGUGACCUUUCAUUACCGUGAUGGGUACUGGUCGUAACCAUGUUCAUUACUUGUAACAUCAAUUAGUUGCUUACAGAGUGAACGACUGGCAGGUAUCUUGUGAGAAUGUUACAAUCUUCUGCACUAAUAUCUUGUUUUUGUUCUACUCAUACCCUAUAUGGAGGGAGAGGCCAUUGAUGCAGGUAGCUAUCAUUGCAAAGUUACUUGGUUGUUGGCAUUUUGUGGGUCAAAAACCUUGGGCUUACAUUAUAGUUCCUCUCUAAUUUUGAUUAGGCUCACAAUUGCUUACCUUUGGACUUCACUGGUCCCCUUUUCAGGAUAUGGGGUGCGCGGAGGUUCUGCUUCUCCUUUGCGCCAUAGAAAGUUUGAUCGUCACUAUAGUUCUGACUUUGAUCAUCCGGCUCGGUCUCAACGAGGUCGUGGAUUUAGGGGUGGAAGGGGUCGUGGCAGAUUUCGAGAUUCUUCACCUUCUUAUGGCCGAGGAAGGAACGGUGGCAGGUCCUAUACGAGAAGUUUUGAUGAGCCUGGAUUUGGUCAUCCCCCCUCCAGAGGUGAAGGCAUGAACCGAAAUAACCCAAAUGUGUCUCCAAGAGAAGGAGAUUGGAUUUGCCCUGAUCCCACUUGUGGGAACCUGAACUUUGCACGGAGGGAUUACUGCAACAACUGCAACAGACUUCGUUUUGGACCUGGUGGUAGUCCCAGAAGGUAUUCUCCAGGUCCUGUUCCGCCACGCUUCUCUGGUCCACCAGCGAAUCGCUCACCUGCUAGGGGCAUGAAUGGCUAUAGAUCCCCACCACGUGAUUCGGGAAGAGAUCGUCCUAGGGUGUUUGGUGCUGAUCCACCCCACCUCAGGCGUGGAGGAAGGUUUCCGGAUCAUCAGAUGCGAAGGGCAAGGCCAGAUAUUCGGGAAGACGAAGACUACAGGGCAAGGGACAAGUUUGAUGGGCCUCUGCGUCCUGAAUGGGGUCCUAGAGACCGUGGAAGGGGCAUGUUUCAUGAAAGGAGAGGCUUUGAGGGAAGGAAUGAUCGACAUCUACCGUCUCCACCACCACCACCACCACCACCUCUACCAUCUCAUCGUGGCCGGUGGGGUCGUGAUUUGAGAGUGAGAAGCCGAUCACCAGUUAGGGUUGGACCUCCACCCAGGGAUUUUAGGAGGGAUGCAUAUAUGGACAGAGGACCAGAGGGUCGACGGGGCAUGGCUAGAGACCGAAUGGGUGAACUAUACUAGCUUGGUUCUGCAAGUGGUGGGCUACCAGCUUGAGGUCUUGGUUCGAAGUGUUCAUUAUACUGUUUUUUCGCCUUUCAAGAAGAUAGAUUUGUUGUUAUUGUAAGAGUCUGGUUCUUCGUUAGUGGCGUGUGUGCCUGCUUUUUUUCUUAUGAGACUAGUUCAGUGGGUACCAAAUUUCCCCUUUCUUCUUCUUGAGUACUUUUUGAAAUUCAAAUAUGAGAACUUAAUUUCUAUUCA